AUGCUACUGCUGCUGACCUUGGUGCUCCUUGCCAGUCCCACCUGCAGAGCCCAGAAUGUCCUGGGCAACAGUGUCGGCAGCUAUUUCUACGUUCAAGGUGAAGAUCAGGGGGAGCUUAGGGGCAUGCGGAUCUUUGUAACAGUAAUAAACCUCAUCAAAGGCAUGCAGCUGCAGUUUGGCAAUUACUGGAGUGAGGUCUAUGGAUCCCGGUCACCAAACUCUAUAGAGUUCCUUCUGGAGGACGGAGAGCACGUGGUAAAUGUGGGUGGCACCGCAAAGCUCUGCCUGACGUCCCUGAGCUUCACUACAAACAAGGGGCGUGUAGCUACCUUUGGUGUUAAAAGGGGCCGCUCAUUCUAUGACAGUGGAGGCUCAGACAAGCGUCUAGUGACUGUCAAUGGUGUGAAUGCAGCAGGCCUCUGCAUCAAAGGGAUGGGCUUCAAAUGGGGAGAUAUCAAUCAUAAAGACAAUGACCAUGAUGAUGACGAGAAAGAUAAUGAUGAUGAUGACAAAGAUGAUGAUGAUGACAAAGAUGAUGAUGACAAAGAUGAUGAUGACAAAGAUGAUGACAAAGAUGAUGAUGAUGAUGACAAAGAUGAUGACAAAGAUGAUGAUGAUGAUGAAGACAAAGACAAAGAAGAUGAUGACAAAGAUGAUAAUGACAAAGAUGAUGAUGAUGAUUACAAAGAUGAUGAUGACAAAGAUGAUGAUGAAGACAAAGAUGAUGAUGAUGAAAACAAAGACAAAGAUGAUGAUGACAAAGAUGAUGAUGAUGACGAUGAUGAUAACAAAGAUGAGGAUGAUGAUGGUGAUGGUGAUGAUGACAACGAUGACAAGGAAGAUGAGAAAGAAGAGUAG